AUGUCCCUAUACCAGUUAGUCUAUGGUAAGGCCUAUCACUUGCCAGUGGAGUUAGAGCUCAGAGCAUAUUGGGCAACAAAAUUUCUAAACUUUGAUGCCAAGGUUGCAGGAGAGAAGAGGCUGCUCCAACUAAAAGAGCUUGAUGAGUUCAGAAACUCUGCUUAUGAGAAUGUCAAGCUCUAUGAAGAAAAAAUCAAGAUGUGGCAUGACAAGAAGAUAGCUACAAGAACUUUUGAGCCAAGCGAGCAAGUGUUAUUGCUCAAUUCAAGGCUCAAGCUCUUUCUUAGGAAGCUAAAGUCCCGGUGGUUAGGACCUUUUGUGGUAACCAGAGUGUCACCGUAUGGUCAUGUGAAACUUCAAAAAGAGAACUCUGAUAGAAGAUUCACAGUCAAUGGCCAAAGUUUGAGGCAUUAUCUUGGAGGCGAGAUUGAUCGCCAAAUGUCCACUUAUCUACUGACUUAG